AAGUGGGUGACCUGGGCCUUUUAAUGACUUCUAUACGAGUAUGAAGAAACUUUGUACACAUUGUUUUAAAUGUAAUCUUUUGUACAUUAACAUUUGCAAGGUUUCUUUCUUUAUUGAUCAUGUUAGUCAUUAUACACACAGUUGCAAGUGAAUAAAGGUUAGAAUGGGAAAUUAUUUGAUUGUGACAUAGAGAGAACUGUACAGAAACUCGACUUUAAAAAUGCUUAUAUUGCAUGCUUAUAUCUAGCAUGUUUAAUUGUGUAUAGUACUGCCAUUGUCAUUCACUAAUGAGCAUGAUUAAUAUUAAUAAUUCCAUGUUCUGAAGUCAGAUGUGAAGAUACACUUUAAAAUAGAAACCAUGCACUCAAAUGUACAUAAAUCUAUUUAUAGAAUGGGACUGAAUGUUAAUCCACCUAAUCUAUAUAUCUAUGCAACACCUGAAUUUCAUUGUCACCUUCUUACCCGUGCACAAUGCCUUCAUGCACGUACCCGACUGAGGUUAGAAAGUGCUGACACAGCAGGGGAGAGAAUAGGAUUUUGGACUGAUUGUGGUGGAUUAGGAGUGUUGUAUAAGGAAAUCUAAUAUGAAGAAGGGUUUUAAAAAGGUGGUCAAGUCAAUCAUAGCCAAGGCAGCCACAGUCCUCUGUGCCCUUGGGAUUGGGGUCGGCAUUGGAAGUUAUCUCCUAUACAAGCUUUAUUGUAAACUUUUUCCCUCGGAUGACAGGGGCCCAGGACCAGUACAAACAGCUGACAAGUUCUGUCAACAGGACCCAAGCCACCAUGUGCACACCGAUGGUGAGGAGGAUGACAUGGGAAAUUCCGGCUCCAGCGAAGCAGUGCCGGUCCGGUACAAUGCUGUAAACGGCGUUCAGUUUGGCAGCUGUCGCACCAGAAACCAAGCAACAAGUCCCAUCCUUGUACGACAACGCAGGUCCUCAAAGCACCAUCGAUUGCACAGGAAGAACUCCAGUGAGGACGAGAUUCGUCUUUUGAAUUCUGAAGAGGACAGCUCCUCACAGGUUCACGAGGACUCUUUGGAACGCUUGAUUCAUAGUGCUUCUGAUGUCAGUGGAGCUGAACCAAAUAGCGGGUCACUGAAAGGGAACCUGAGUCUGAAGUCACUGUAUGAACGCAAUCAUAGAUACGGAUUCGAUGAACAUUUCCAUGCAAACAAAUCGCACCUUUUUGACUCCUCUGGCACCGAAAGUUUACAAAUAGAAAUUUCCAGUUCACAGGAAGUAUUAACCGUCAGUAGUGUUCUGCUGACCCCGCCUUCAGACGAUGAUCGAAACAAUCAAAACAAGGAAAGUGUAACAAAUGAACAGAAACCUUGUGUGAAAUUCUCAGAAAACAUUCCAGAUCUCAUAGCUAACUUAUCACCAACAAAUUCGGACCAUUGUAUUGGUGAUAGAAAUGAUUCUAAUGUCACAGAUCAAUUGAGUUCUGUCUGGCAGACGACCGACAGUUCUAACCAUACGUCCCCCUUUCAUUCCAGUGGAAGUGGAAAACUUUUCAGUAACUACACAACAGACAUAUCGGGGAAUUUAAGUUUAGAUGACGAGGAACUAGAUUCCUCUCCUCUGCACAAAGUGAGAUGUGCAGACGGUCAGUUUAGGCAGACAUUGUUACAGAGACUUCAUGAAAUUAAUACCUCCAGUACAUCAACAUCUUUAAAUUCCUCCCCAGAAGCCUCACCUUUCAGGUACGCAAGGAGUAACAGCUAUGACCAAGAACGACAGGAAAGUUUGUCUGGGAUGAGUGAAAAUGAAAUUUUUACAGAAUCUGCUGAAGUCGGUCAAUCAACAGGAGAAUAUUUCGAGAAAAUUGAACAUGAGGUGGAUGACAUUGCGGAUGAAUUUGCUGAAAUUACAGCAAAACUGGAUGAAUUAAAACAUCUGGCAACAAAACAUUCCAGUGAGGAUGAUAUGGAGUAUACUCCAAGUGAUCCAUUAGCCAAAAAGGCAUGUGAUUUUGUUGAUAGGACAAGGGAGAAAUUCCAUCGCUCUCAAAGUGACACAUCUUUGAGUGAAAGUGCAGUUGACACAGAUGGCGUUGACCUUUCCUGGGAUAGUGAAGGUCAAAGUCAAAUCAAGAUCCUGCUAAAACGCAUCAACAGUCUUCCUUCCCAUAUGGUGAGCGAAUCUCAGGAAUCAUCUGAUAACAAGGUCCCGGACUCACAUAACGAAGAUGAAACCUCGGACACUGAUGACAAGGAAAUGAGGACCUCCACAUCAGAUGGUGCUAUCAUAUUCUUAUCUGACAAUUAUGAAACAUGUGAUAAACUUUUGCAAGAUGAGAGUGACAUAUGCAGUGACCAUUAUGAUCAGGGACAGACAACUCUAGAUGAGCUGGAUACAGACAGUGCCUUUGAUAUGGACCCCGUGGAGCUGGUGUCAUCGAGAGAAUUAUCUCCAGGGUCUUUGAAUAUAGGACCAAAGCAGGAUGUUUUAGAAUACUGUAAGAAGGAAUGGAAAGGACAGACAAAGAAAGCCUCCACCAUGUUGAAGGCAUAUGAAGAAGUCCCUGUCCUGACCGAAUGUAGACAUCUGCACCAAAUCAGGGGAGACAAUUACUGUGGGAUCAGAGGCACACUGCUACAGUGUUUUAUACAGAACAUUAAUGUGUUAUCCAAGUGGAAGAAUUGCGAGUCUGUGGUAAACAGGUUGCAUGCACUUUACAGAAAUCCACACUCCGGACUGUCCCAGUGGACUUUCGCUCACCGAAUUCCCUUUAACAAGAAGGAUAAAUUGUCAACAAUGGCAGAGUGUGUUCAGUGUCUAUUCAAUAAGGUCAGUGAGUGUCGCAGUCUUUCUACUGAUGAGGAGAGGACUAGUUGGCCUGUAAACUUGCUGAACCACGAAACCAAGGAGGACUUGCUGUGUAUGGAGGCCAUCAAACUGCUGAUGUUCCAGGAGGCCCACUUCCUGUUCGAGGCGUAUCAGAAGGGGGAUGAGGUGCCGGUGUUUGUGUGGUUGUUGUUUGCUAGAGACACCUCAGAAAAUCCAGAAACUUUAGUAAAGAACCACAUCAACCCUGUGGGAGACUCCGGGGGCCUGGAACAGAUCGAGAUGAUUUUAUUGGGGCAUACUUUAGGAGUUACAAUCAAAGUCCUGAGAUUGCAGCAGUAUGGAGAAGAAGAUUUUAUCACCUACUACCCAGACGACAUGAAAGAGUCGUGGCCACAGAUCGUGUUAAUUGCUGAAGAUGACAGACAUUACAAUGCACCCGUUGUGUGAUGAUAAAAUGUCAGAACUUCCUAAUUCAUCUGACACUUCAGAUUAGAAGCUCCAAGGGAAGGGAAUACAGAGGACCCUUACAGAUGAACAUUUCAAGUUGACCUGCACACCUAGAAAUACACAGGCAGUUAUCAUUUGCAUGAGGUUCCUACAUUUGCUGAAGAAUAACUUUAUGAAUUUACCUAUGCUGCAAUAUGUAAGACUGCUCAUGUACGUGUAAUGUUUUGUUCAGGCUUGUGUUUCAUCAUACAGCAAUGACUCGUCCUACAGCAAUGACAUUUGUCUUGUCCAUGCAGACAUCACAAAAUUCAUCUAUAAAGUCCUCUGUAUGCCAGAGAUUGUCAGUACUCAGUCCUCUGUAUAGAGAUUGUCAGUACUCAGUCCUCUGUAUAGAGAUUGUCAGUACUCAGUCCUCUGUAUGCCAGAGAUUGUCAGUACUCAGUCCUCUGUAUGCCAGAGAUUGUCAGUACUCAGUCUUCUAUAUACCAGAGAUUGUCAGUACUCAGUCCUCUGUAUGCCAGAGAUUGUCAGUACUCAGUCCUCUGUAUGCCAGAGAUUGUCAGUACUCAGUCCUCUGUAUGCCAGAGAUUGUCAGUACUCAUUUCAUGCUAGUCAACCACCUUUUCUCCACAUUUUACAUGUACAUGGAAUAUGAUUAUGCUUGGGGUAAUUGGGGCCUCAAGCUUUUCAUUAAACCUGAAUGUUGGUAAAUGAUAUAACAGAAUGGUUGCUGAGGUCAAGUAGAAUGUUAUUUUUUUGCAGUAUGUGAUUGAUAUAACAGAAUGGUUGCAAUGCUGAGGUCUGGUAGAAUGUAAUUUUUUUUGCAGUAUGUGAUUGAUAUAACAGAAUGUUUGCUAAGGUCUGGUAGAAUGUAAUUUUUUUUGCAGUAUGUGAUUGAUAUAACAGAUGUGAUGGCAAUGGGCUUAUUUUUUGUUUACUGUGGAUUAAUGUGGGGUACCUCAUUGUAUACUUUACAUAGCUGCUACUCAAGUCUUCACAAGAAAUAUUAUUAAUUCAUGAUGAAAGCUUAAUCUAGAGCUUGUCUCAUUCAUAGAUGGACAACUUUAGGACCAAAAUGCAACCUCUAUCCUGAAUAUAAAACAUGUUAAAAUGUAUCUCAAUCAACCGUCUAUUAGAAAUUUUCUCCUUCACUUAUUGUUUUGUUUUCAGAAGGAGAUGAUAUCAUAAUAGAUAUAGCUGUUGUAAAGCUGGGUAUAUGUGCUUUUUAUCAAAGUGUUGCUAAAGUGUAUAUCUCCGAAUUCUUAUUCAUUUAAGAAUGCAAUUGAGAGAAAUAGUCAGAUAAUCGCUAUGCGGUAUGAAUUACUUACAGGAAUACAAUUUCCUUAACAGUAGAGAUGAAUGAUAUACAAGUUAGUGUACUUUAUUUUAAAAGGAUCAUUUUACCCAGAAAAUAAGAAGUAUUUCACUGCUGUAUAGAAGAACCUUUCACUGUGGUACAAAUUUAGAAACGGAAAGCCUUGCACAGAUUAUUUAGAUGAUCGGGAAGUGCAGCUCGGUGUUGAUAUUUAUGUUAUAAGCAUGAGCAGCCUAAAGGUUUUUUUUUUAAUUUUUACAAGGUUGGUUUUAUUUUAAAAUAUGUACUUGAUGAAUUUGAAUAAAUUGAAAGUAUAGAUAAGUA